UGUGUGCCAGUCCCUCUCUCCCCUUUCACUUCCUCAAAGUGGCCGCAGCUCCUCUCUUUUCUCUUGUCCUCUCUACAUCCCUCCAGCACUCUCUUUCUUGCCGGCUCUGCUCACUCGCCUCGGCAAGUUAAACGGAUCUCGGGCUGCGAGUCUCUCAAACUCCCUCUGAAGACUUUAUUUGUACCUCUAUUUUUUGUUCUCCCUGCGCUCCUUCACCUUCCCCUCCGGAGAGGCCGGUUGGUGUGUGUCUGGCGUGUGCUCGUGGCCCCGAGGGACUCCCUAAAGGUUGUGACCGGAGGAGAAAAGCUUUCAGCACAAUGAAUGUUCAGCUGCUGCUGGUGUUGGCCCUGGCCGGCCCCUUCUGCGCCUUCACACAUGCAAGCCCCACAGAGAUCCCCAAAGACCUCGAUGUUGGGACUGUAGCAGAAACCGUACCGGAAGUCACAGGGGCUACGAAAGUGGACUUUACUAUAAUCACCGGUCCUCCUGUAAUCGAUCCAGCGGUGGCAACAGAAGUAGUCCCAACAGAAGUAGUCCCAACAGAAGUAGUCCCAGCAGAAGAAGUCCCAACAGAAGAAGUCGCCGCAGCAGAAGUUGUCACCGAGGCGGCGCCUCCCGCCAUCACAGUCAAUACUGAAGAGGUCGUCGUUGAAACGGAGGCCGCUGCUUCUGAGGCAACAGAACCCAUCAUCACUGACCCCCCUGUCGUGGAGACCGCAGCCCCCACUGAGACGGCACAGGUCGAGGUCCAACCCACGGGAGCUUCCAUGGCCGACGUGGUCAUUGAAGACGACCCAGAGGAGGGCCUGAGUUCAGGCCAGGUCGUCGGCAUCGUGAUCGGCGCUCUGCUGGCCGUUGUCAUCGUCAUCGCCGUGGUGAUUGCUGCGGUGAGGAGAAUGGGAAAAUACUCCCCUUGAAGAAGAAGUCGGUCAAGCAGCAGGAGCGCCCAAAGUUCUGGCAAAUCUGAACUACUGAACUGUGACGUCAUAUUAAAACCAGCACGAUACCAGAACUAAACUAAUCCGCCCAGGACUCUGGACUGUUGCCAAAAAAACGAUGGGGGGGGGGGGGGGGUGUUAAUGUAUGAACUGUAUGUAUGUGAGACGAGAGAGGGUACACGAGCAAACAUCGUCACUUUCCCUUCCGGAGCCGCUGAUUAGAAAGGCUCCCGCCCCCACCCCACCUACCUCCUUACUCCCUUGGAGAAAACGAAGCAAGGUGACGAUGGCAGGAUGUAAAUAGGAAUUUGAGGCCUUUUCAAAAAGCAUUUUGUGAAGAAAAAAAGAGAGAAAGAAAGGUAAGAGAUUAUCUGACAUCCAGGCAUAACACCUCCCUCCUUUAAAAGAGUGACUGAUUUAGAUUUGCAUGAAAGUUUGAGAUAUAUGGAUAUUAGUGACGAAGAGAAGGAAAAAAAAGGAAAUGAAAUACAAAUGGAAGGUGCGAGCAGUGGAGACUGCUAGAAAUACCACAGGAUGUAUAUACAAUGCGAGGGGACUACAUAGUAUACAGCGAAUGACUUUCUCAUAUGUUGCAGUUGCAUAGGCUAGCAUUUGAUAUUAUGGAACACACAGUACAUCCAGGCAGGCUAUUGUUGUGGCUAACAGACCGUUUGAAGCAGCCCUGAGCCCCAGUUAAAGCGUUUCUUCUGGUGCAGCCAGAAGCCCUGCUGUGUUGGCCGACUGUAUGAAGCACCGUGUGCAGAAGUUGUUUUGACAUAACACACUCGGGAGCUCUGAGGGCGAGCACGGAGCCAACGGGAAGGAAAAGGCACCCUCGUUUGCAAGAGUAAUGUGACAUUCUGCCCACUUUAACACUGACAUAUAAAAACCUAAUACAUAUCUGUGAGAUUUAGCAGAAGGGUUUGUGCCACUGUCUCUGGUAUUCUCGAGGUAGUUAGGAGGACUUUAACUUUUGAAGUGCAUUAUUAAUGUGAAUUGACUGUCCCUUUUAACUGCCACCCAUUCCAGACAUAUCAGCUGGUCUGUUGUUCCUUGUGGCUUACACACAGCCCUCGGUGAUUAGACAUAGUGAUAGCAUUGUCUUGAUGUCUUCAUAGUACUUCUGUUAAUAGUUAGACGACCAGAACAGCCAUACAGUCUUUAAAUUGAGCUAAUCCCUGAUUGCGUGCACAGGAGGACAUUUUAUAGUUGCACUUAGUUUUAGUGCACAGUAUUAGGCAGUAAAGCCCUAUUUAGUUAUAUUUGUAUUUGUAAGUGUGCUAAAUGGGUGUACAGAUAAUGAAGUCUCAGCUUCGCUCCGCUUGCUUUACAAACUCGUUUAAUAUGUGCACUGAAUGAGUGAUGUCAUGUUUAAUGAAUAGGCUUUAGACACUGCAAAUGUUUGCAACGACAUGUCUUUGUUUCCUCUGCUUUGCCACGUAUCAUCAGUUCUAGGCCUUUCAAUGUGUGCCUUCUGAUUUGUUUGAAGCCUUUUAUUUAAUUGCAGUGUUUUUGUUCAUACUGUUUCAAUAAAAAAUGGAAAACACUCUAAAAGCUC